GCACAGAGACCCCAAAUCCUUCCCUGGGACCCCAAUGGGCUGCAGAGAGACCCCAAAUCCCUCCCUGAGUCCCCCAAUGUGCACAGAGACCCCAAAUCCCUCCGUGGGACCCCAAAUGUGCUGCCCAAAACCCCCAGCUCCCCAAUUUUGGGGUGCCCCUCCCUCCUUUGGGGUGCCCCUCCCCGAUUUGUGUGCUUCUCACAGCUUUGGGGCGCCCCCCCCGAUUUGGGGUUCCUCCCCCAAUUUGGGAUGCCCCUCCCUGAUUUUGUGUGCUCCUCACAGCUUUGGGCUGUCCCUCCCCAAUUGGGAUGCACCCCCGAUUUUGGGGUUGCCCCCCGAUUUUGGGGCUCCCCCUCCAAUUUGGGCCGUCCCUCCCCAGUUGGGAUGCCUCCCCAGAUUUGGGGUUCUCCCCCAAUUUUGGGGUUCCUCCCCAAUUUGGGCUGUCCAUCCCUGACUGGGAUGCCCCCCCAGAUUUCUGUUGCCCCCCGAUUUCAGGGUGCUCCCCCGAUGUUGGGAUGCCCCCCAUAUUUCUGUUGCCCCCCGAUUUCGGGGUGCUCCCCCGAUGUUGGGAUGCCCCCCACAUUUGUGUUGCCCCUGAUUUCGGGGUGCCCCCCGAUGUCGGGGUGCCCGUGCAGGUGCUGGAGGGGCUGGACUACCUGCACACCAAGUGCAAGAUCAUCCACACGGACAUCAAGCCCGAGAACGUGCUGCUCUGCGUGCAGGAGCCCUACCUGCGACACCUGGCGGCGCAGGCCGCGCGCUGGGCGCGGGGGGACGGCCCCCCCCGCGGGGCAGGUACCCCAGACCCACCCCGGGGGGUGCUGGAGGGGCUGGACUACCUGCACACCAAGUGCAAGAUCAUUGUUGCCCCCCCCGAUUUCGGGGUGCUCCCCGAUGUGCUGGAGGGGCUGGACUACCUGCACACCAAGUGCAAGAUCAUCCACACGGACAUCAAGCCCGAGAACGUGCUGCUCUGCGUGCAGGAGCCCUACCUGCGACACCUGGCGGCGCAGGCCGCGCGCUGGGCGCGGGGGGACGGCCCCCCCCGCGGGGCAGUGAGCUCGGCACCCCAGGAGGAACCUGAGCGGCUGUCGCGGGCUCAGCGGCGCCGGCGGCGGCGGCGACAGCGGCGACAGCGGCAGCUGCUGGCAGAGAGACUGCGGGACCUGGAGCGGCUGCGCGACACCGCGGGGACACCGGGGACAGCCAGCGACACCUCAAUCCCCCCCAGGAGCGGCUGUCGCGGGCUCAGCGGCGCCGGCGGCGGCGGCGACAGCGGCGACAGCGGCAGCUGCUGGCAGAGAGACUGCGGGACCUGGAGCGGCUGCGCGACACCGCGGGGACACCGGGGACAGCCAGCGACACCGUUUGGGUCUGGGGGCGUUCUGGGUCAGGGUGACCCCUGCCCCCAGCACAAGCACUUCACCGAGGACAUCCAGACGCGGCAGUACCGGGCGCUGGAGGUGCUGCUGGGGGCGGGCUACGGGCCCCCCGCCGACAUCUGGAGCACGGCCUGCAUGGCGUUCGAGCUGGCCACGGGCGAUUACCUGUUCGAGCCGCACUCGGGCGAGGAGUACAGCCGCGACGAGGACCACAUCGCCCACGUGAUCGAGCUGCUGGGGGAGAUCCCGCGGCACGUGGCCCUGGGGGGGCGCUACUCCCGCGAGUUCUUCAACAGGAGAGGUGAGCUGCGCCACAUCCGGCACCUGCGGCCGUGGGGGCUGCGGGCGGUGCUGCAGGAGAAGUACGAGUGGCCGCGGGGCCCGGCCGCCGCCUUCGCGCGCUUCCUGCGGCCCAUGCUGGCCUUCGAGCCCGGCCGCAGGGCCACGGCCCGCCAGUGCCUGCAGCACCCCUGGCUCCGCCCCUAGCCCCGCCCCCGCCGCAAUAAACCACGGGGAACGGC